AUGACGGAUAUUAAGGUCGGUGGAAAGAAGCGCAAUGCUAAUGAGGAUGGAUUGAAAUCCGCCAACAAAAAAGUGAAGAAGGAUAAGAAGGAUAAGAAGGACAAGAAAGACAAGAAGGACAAGAAGGACAAGAAGGACAAGAAGGACAAGAAGGACAAGAAGGACAAGAUUGAAGAUGAAGUGAAAAUUGAACACCAAGACGUUUGUUCGGAAAUUACGAGAGAAACGGGAAAGAGCGAAAAAGCUGUCAAGGGCUAUGAGGAAAAUGAAAAGCUUUCGAAGGUGUCUGCCGAUAAAAUCAAGGAAUUUUUUGAUGAAAGCGAAGUCACCGUUGAGGACCCUGAGAAUUUGGAUCUACGUCCACUAUUAUCCUUCGACCAUAUUUCGCUAGUCAAGGACAUUCAGGACGAGGUUUCCAAGUUUCCAAAACCAACUCCAAUUCAAGCUGUUUCGUGGCCGUACCUUCUUUCGGGCAAAGACGUGAUAGGAAUCGCAGAAACAGGUUCUGGAAAGACUUUUGCCUUCGGUGUGCCAGCCAUUAACAACAUUUUGACGUCUGAAAACAGGAAAAAGGCAUCAUACCUUCGAGUCUUGGUGGUUUCUCCAACAAGAGAACUGGCAUCCCAAAUUUACGAUAAUUUGAUUCUUUUGACCAAGAAAACGUCUUUGGACUGUUGCUGUGUUUACGGAGGUGUACCCAAAGACGAGCAAAGAUCGCAGUUAAAAAAAUCGCAUGUCGUCGUGGCUACUCCAGGUCGUUUGCUAGAUCUCAUCGAAGAAGGAUCUGCUGAUUUGUCGCGUGUCGACUAUUUGGUGCUCGAUGAAGCUGACAGGAUGUUAGAAAAGGGUUUUGAGGAAGACAUAAAGAGAAUCAUUGGAGCUACAAAAGGCAAGAGUAGACAAACUCUGAUGUUCACGGCCACGUGGCCAAAAGAAGUGCGUGAACUUGCUAGCAGUUUCAUGAGAAACCCUGUCAAGAUUUCCAUUGGUAACAGAGACGAACUUUCGGCCAACAAACGUAUCUCGCAGACUGUCGAAGUUGUAGAUCCUUUCAAAAAGGACAGAAAAUUGCUAGAGCUUUUGAAGAAGUAUCAAUCAGGAUCUCGCAAAAACGACAAGGUUCUAAUCUUCGCACUUUACAAGAAGGAAGCAACGCGUGUUGAGAGAAAUUUGAAAUACAACGGUUACAACGUUGCAGCAAUCCAUGGCGAUUUAUCUCAGCAGCAGAGAACCCAGGCGCUGAAUGAAUUUAAGACUGGAAAAUCUAAUCUUUUGCUGGCCACUGAUGUCGCAGCGCGUGGUCUUGAUAUUCCAAACGUCAAGACUGUCAUUAACCUAACUUUCCCAUUGACAGUAGAAGACUACGUUCACAGAAUUGGACGUACGGGAAGAGCAGGCCAGACAGGAACUGCGCACACGUUGUUUACUGAACAAGAGAAACAUUUGGCGGGUGCACUUAUCAAUGUUUUGAAUGGCGCCAACCAGCCAGUCCCAGAAGAACUGAAAAAGUUUGGCACGCAUACCAAGAAGAAGGAACACAGUGCAUACGGUGCAUUCUACAAGGAUGUUGAUACCACUAAGAAGCCAAAGAAAAUAACCUUCGACUAG